GACCAAGUGGUUUAUUGGGCCUGAGGAGGAUGAAUGCUACUGGCCACCAGCAAGGAUGAACAUGGCAAAGGCGGUCAUAGAGCAACAGGACCCUCACACUGACUGGGCGACAUACAAGUUGACUGUCAAGAGAAAAGUCGCAACGUAUGAAAUUGCCCGCACAAAAUUAGUCGAGUAUGAACAGAACACAGAUGUACCAACGGAAUCUGAUUCUACAGAGAAUAUGGGAAGGGGGAAGCGCAAAAAGAGACGAGUGAUUUUGUCCAGUGACGAUGAGGAUGAUGUCAAUUGGUCCGGCAGCCAAAUCAGGCCUACACCUCCAUCCACCCUCAGGUCUGUGCUGACACCUCCACCGCCUCCAUCCACCCUGAGGUCUGUGCUGACACCUCCACCGCCUCCAUCCACCCUCAGUUCUUCACCAUCAUCUGCUAGGCCGACACUUCCACCACCUCUGGGUAACCUGAGAUGGCCUGAUGUUUCAACCCAUCACCACGUCACCAUGUCACCAGAAACCUCUCAAAGACAAAUCAGGGGCAACAUGUUUGUUCGCAUCUUAACACUGAUUGAGGAGAUGAAAGAGACACAAAAAAUCCAGGGGAGGAUGUUACAAACGCUUCUACAACAGCGUGGCAACAUCGGCACCACCUUCUCUUCUACCCCCGAGGGUUUCCCCCUAAAGACAGUUAGGGAUGUGGAAAUCAUGGAAGAAAAACUGGCAAACCCAAACUUCAUGUCCGAACUGGUUGCAGCUGUGACUGACAUAGGAGGGGGGACUGUUGACGAGGCCACAAAAAGGAUGAUGACUUUUCUCCUAGACCAUGGCCUAUCCAGGCAGUAUAACUUUGUGGGCCGAAAUGGGAAGAGAGAGUUCAAGGCCUUAAAACUGUAUGAAGUAAUAUAUGGAGGCUUAAAGAAAAACGCCAUGACCAGCCAAAUCACCCGUAAAGAUGCCGAGAAGGCGGUCUCCAAGUGGCUCAUUGGUGCUAGGGACCGGGGGGGUAAUAGACAGGCCCGACAGUCAACCCCUCAACAAGGACUUCAGGCUUCAGGCUCGUUUGAGGUGGAAAGAAACAAAUUCUGUUUGUGACAGUGAGGGAACACUGUGCAAAAGCAUGUUGUCAUAAAUUUUACUUAAAUAAAAUGUAAUUAAUUCUAUUACUGGUAUCCUUGUUAUUUUAGCUUGUUUAACCCAAGGUGUUCGGGUCUGUGAGACCCAUUUUCAAUGUUUGCUAAAAGAAAAAGUUACGCUAUUUAUUAACUGUGUCCUCCUCCUAACUGGGCCUGCUGUGUCUUGUCUGUGUGCGCGAAUGUUUUUUUUUCUGCACCUGCUAUUCACACACAAAGUAACAAAAUUGUUACAUUUCAAGCACUUUCACCUGUUCUAAAUAAAGUUCUAAGAAAUGAGCACCAAUAAUGAUAAAAAAUCUUGUUUCUAUUUUUUUUUUUUUUUUUUUUUUAUAAUUGAAUUUCCAUGUUUUCAUCCAUCAUAUGAUCAUAAUUGUUAUCUCACAGGGGUAAAUGGCGAAUAAGAACCAUAAAUUAUGUAUAUACCAUUGGUAAUAUUGAGCUAAAGUAAACAUCUGUUAACUAUUUUUACAUAAAUUGUUGUGGCUGUAUUGAUUUAAAAGCCUAAUAAUGUGGUGGGUCCACCAGACUCGGGGAUAUUGGCUGUGUAACAAAAAUAUUAACAUCUUACAACUGUUAAAGAACUGUAUGGACUGACUGUAAAAUAAGAAUUAAAAUUUGAAUUUGUUCAAAUUCCAAUUCCCCAAAAAUAAUAAUAAUAAUAAUAAUGGUUAUUACCCAUAUGGGUAUAAUAGCAGGGACCCAUAAUCAGCCCACAUGGGGCCCAGCUAGUGUGGGCCCCAGAUGGGAGAAACCUGGGAUGCCCAAGUAGGUUUUAGCUAGGGCCCAUGUGAAGCCCACCUUCAGCCCAUCUGGGCUUGCCCACAUGGGGCCACCAUGGAACCCCCGGACAAAAUUAACUGGGCCCCAUCUGGGCAGCCCAGAUGGGGCCCACUCACCAGCCCAUAUCCAUCCCUUAUGGGCCCCACAUGGGUGUGUUGACAG